AGCGUCGUCACGGUAACAGGAUGAGGACGCUGAUGUUGAUGAUGUUGAUGCUGAUCAGUAUCGACGCCUGCAGCGCCAUGCCACGUGCAGUGAAUGAUAUUGCACCUGUAUCGUGCUGCGUUCAGUUCUUCACGGGAAACAUCCCACCGGCCAGAAUUGUCUCCAUCAAGAAGACUGACAGCACUUGUACCAACAAGGCCUUUGUGGUGACGACUGUUAAAGGAGCUCAAAUCUGUGUCCAUGACACAUGGGUUCACAGUGUCUUCAAGCAACCAAGUCCAACCGUAGACACGAGUUCACGCAAACUCACAUUUACUCCUUCAGUCAGUCACAACAUAUCAAACUGAAAGCAAACACACACUUUACCUUCUCAAAUGGUUUAUAUUCAAGACUGUUUAGCAUGACUCAGAUGGAAAAUUCAUUUAUAUGAAUAAAUAUAUUAGUAUUCUUCAUUAAAACAUAGACAAUAUGAUCAAACAGAUACAUGUUUACCAUGAACUCUCAUGUUUUCUGCUUUUCCGCUUAAAACUUUCUGCCUGAAAUUGUGUCAUUAAAAGUUUCAUGGAGCAUUUAUGAACUCUGGAGUGAAAUAAAUCAAGUAAGCAAAUUA